AUGCGGACUGACGAAUGUACCAUCACACUGCAGGAUGUCGAGGUGUUAUAUGGCAUUCCCGUGGAUGGCCACCCAUUGGUGCAGAGAAAUGUUAAAAAUAUAACUAAAUCAAGGUGGCAGGAAUUGAUGUACGACCUUACCGGUUGGUUGCCCGGAGAAGAAGCAAUUAUAGGUAAUAGCUUGUUGGUAAUAACACAAUUAUCUAAUCAUUUGGAAACCUUGAUUGCCAAUAAUGAUAUUAUUGAUGAACACACUGAUGAGGUUGAGGUACAAAAGAGGGUCAGGUUGUACCUGCUUUGGUUGAUUGGUGGCAAUAUAUUCCCUGCUAAUACUGGUUCAAAGCUUGGUUUACACUUUUUGCUUGACAUAAUAGACCUUGAUGCAAUAGGCGGGAAAUCUUGGGGAGCAGCAGCAUUAUCAUACUUGUACAAUUGUUUAUGCCGUGCUUCGAUGGUCAAUAGCCGUGAUGUUUGUGGAUUUAUUGCUUUGUUACAGGUACGUUUGGACUUGGGAGCGAAUAAUCCCAAUGCAGCCAUUACUUCGUCCCCCAAGAGUAAAGAACGAGAUAUUGUAUUUGCGCAGAAGUGGACUCGUCGUGGAGUUCGUGAAAGCGAGGCACGAGCUGUGCUAGUAGUUUGUAGGGAUGUUUUAGACAACCUAACUGAUGAUCAGUUUGUGUGGGAGCCUUAUACAGAGGCCAUCAAUGAUGGACUUCCGGAGUGGUGCCGACGUGGUCAAGACAUUUAG